AUGGUUUACACCACACGGAGUGGCUAUGAGUGGCUGCUGGAGCAGAAGGUUCAGUGGGAUGCUAAUGAGUCUUGGUUAUGGCUAUGGCAUAUGAAUAUCCCGGAGAAGGUUAAGGGACUAAUUUGGCUUUGUUUACAUAAUGCUAUUCCCACUGCCAGCUUUCGUAGCAGUAGAAACUUGACUAUCACGGAUAUAUGUCCCAGGUGCAACGAAGCGCCAGAAACUACAGAACAUUGCCUCAGAUUUUGUAUUAAAGUUCAGUCUAUUUGGAAACGUCUAGAGGUGGGAAUGAGUAGAAGGGAUGCCUUUUUGGAGUUUCGAGCCUGGCUUUGGGUUAAUUUUAGAGCAACGGAAGCUAUCUUUGUAGCAGGACUCUGGUGGAUCUGGAGAGAUAGAAAUAAGGAUAUUUUCAAUCCAAAUGAUAGUUGGAGCAUAGAGAAGGUCAUCAUGCUUGCUAGACACUUAGCGGCUGAAUAUGGUGUUGUUAAGUGUAUUAAUCAGGUUUCCUCCCAUCCUUCUUUGAUUGAUUCCUGGUGUCCCCCUCCCUUACAUGUUGUGAAACUUAAUUGUGAUGCAAACCUCUUUGAACAAAAAUAUCUUGCUUGUUUUGGGUGCAUCCUUAGGAAUGAUUCUGGUAAGUGGCUGUCAGGCUGCUCGGCAAGCAUUCCAUUUGGAGGGGUCUUUGUUUGGCCUGAAAUUGUAGAAAUAAUGAGAUUAUUUUUUGAAACAGAUUGCUUAGAGGCUUAUCUUUUAAUCACCAAAGAUUUUGCGGAGAUGCGAAGGGAUUAUAAUGAUCUUCUUCUGAAGAUUGCUGAGAUGAUGCAACGGAAUUGGAUAGUUCAUGUCCACUUGAUCCAGAAAACAACAAACACAACUGCUGAUCUUCUAGCUAGGACAGCGGCACAUCAUAGUCUUUCUUAUAUAAAAUACCUUGUACCUAGUUUUGUUGUUCAAGAGAUAAUUAGGAAGGAGAUGUUCUCUCCAACUUAA